AUUCCAUUUCUAUUUUUGUUUGGAUUAAAGGGAGGAGAGGACGUUAGGAUUCCAAAUACUGCUCGGAUUCAAAGAAGGCCAGCGUAUCGAUUUGGAUGGGCUCUUUCGCCAUCUUUAAUCCCUUCUCCACGUGAAAGUUUUUACCGAGGACCUGAGGGGGAGAGUCUCUCCUUUAUCUCAAUCGUAGGGACCGAGGGAAAGAUUUCUCCUAGCUCAUCUCAUUCGUUUGGAGAAGAGAAAGGAAACGAGGAGAAAAAUCUGUCCUUUAUCUCAUUCUUUUAGAGAAGAGAGAGGGACUGAGGAAAAAAAAUCGCUCCUUUAUAUUAUCCUCUUGGAGAAGAGAGAAGGAACAGGGGAAAAAUCUUUCCUUUAUCUUAAUCUUUUGGAGAAGAGAGGAGAAUAAGGCAGAGGUUGAAUAGAACGACGAUGGAAGGGUUGGCUUCGAGCAAGUUCAAGAGGAUUUGCGUCUUCUGUGGCAGCAACUCUGGCAACCGAACCAUCUUCAGCGAUGCAGCUCUUGAUUUGGGGCACGAACUGGUGAAGAGAAGAAUUGAUCUGGUUUAUGGUGGGGGGAGUGUGGGACUGAUGGGCUUGGUCUCUCAGACAGUAUAUGAUGGAGGUUGCCAUGUCCUUGGGGUUAUUCCUAAGGCUCUCAUGCCCCUUGAGAUAUCUGGUCAAACUGUCGGUGAAGUAAAAACUGUUUCUGACAUGCAUGAACGUAAGGCUGAAAUGGCGCGAAAAGCAGAUGCAUUCAUUGCCCUUCCUGGUGGAUAUGGAACAAUGGAAGAGCUGCUGGAGAUGAUAACAUGGUCACAACUCGGGAUCCAUAGUAAACCGGUUGGGCUGUUAAAUGUUGAUGGUUACUACAAUUCCUUGCUUGCACUAUUUGACAAUGGGGUGGAGGAAGGUUUCAUAAAACCAGCUGCGAGACACAUAGUUGUUUCUGCUCCAACUGCAAAAGAACUGCUAACAAAAAUGGAGGAAUACACUCCAUUGCACAAAGAGGUUGCUCCUCGUAAGAGCUGGGAGAUUGGACACCUAGGUUACCCAAAGGCACCAAGUCCAUGACAUCUUGGUCCUUCGCAAUAUCAUUUCUUUCCAAUCUCAUGUGAUUCUUUCUUUAACAAUUGUAUCUGAGAAGCCUCAUGCAUGGGAAUAACUGUUUAUAGGAUGUGUUUCUUAUGUCAUCCAAUAUCCUAAUAAAAUUAUCAUUGCCUUCUUUAUGUUUUCCUGUCAAGAAUGAAUGUUUACCUGCUUUUACUGGCAAUUUUGUAGUCAAGAUCUGAGAACAGUUGUACCUGAUGUAAGCCAUAAUACCCCUACCAAUCUGCAUCCUUAGAGAGAGAAUCCCAUCUUUUAACAGUAGUAUGUUGUCAUGUAUCAGAAUGCAAGGACGUGCUUCGCUCUUGACUUUAAUGCAUGCAUGUGACCCUUCUGCAUUAUUUUUGUAUCAGAAACAUGUUUGACAAACUUAAUAACAACAUCCAUCAAAGAUUAUUUGCAUGCCAUAUAAUCCACUAUAUGAUGGUAUUGUUUCAUUGUGCAGCAGUAUUGGUUCCAUAAAAUCUGUAGUUUCCACAUUCAGCAGACUUCUCUGUAAUAUUCUGGAUCUGCACUCAAAAGAUCUCCAAUAUAGGUGAAAAAAGCAUAUGUUGAGAUGCUUCCCCUAACAAUACAACCUUUCUAUAGAACUGGUCCUUUGUUUUCUUACGCUCGUAAACACUCUUCCACAUUUAUCCUCUCUGACCUUCAGAAGCUCUCUUGGAUAUUGAUGCAUUAUCCAUACCUAACAGGAGAUCAAUACUGUGCUUUUUAUUGGUGUAAACUUGCUAAUUUUGAGACUUUCUAAGAUGCCUUGGGGACAAGGGAUAGUCCACAAGUUUUCUUCUCUUUUUUUUUUUUUAAUGUCUUUUUUCUGUUAGGUGCCUUGGGACCUAGCUGGAGCUUAAAGUUGGUAUUGGCUCUAAACUCUUAUCAGGGGUUUGGUGGCCCUUGGCAUGUCCCUUGGUCUGCACCUCUGAAAACAAAAUGUGGGAAGGGCCUGUGAUUGCUGUGUGUGACUUCGUUGUCAUCUCCUCAACCAUGAGGUUUGUCUGUGGACUCUGCAGGCAUUAAGAGGAUGGGGAUGGCUGCUUCCAUCACGGGACAUGAAUUGGUAGGAAUUCUUGGUCUUGCUUAAUGGGACCACAGCCCCUUUUAGCCAACAAGUUAUAAUGUAAUGUGCGACGCUGUUCCAUGUAAUCAUUGCUCUUGUUGCUAUCAUCAUAGUCAGCACCAUCUCUGCCAAGGAUGAAAAUUAUCAUUAGUAUGUCAUCCACUUCUUAUUAGCAACAUCUUGCCUUCAUCAACAAGUCAUAGGGACUUCGGAGUGCACCAUCACUUCUUCUUCUUCUUAGCAACAUCUUGCAUUCGUCGGCAAGUAAUAAGGACUUCGGAAUGCACCAUCAGUCUUCUUCUUGGCCCAAGAAAGACCAUCCUCCAUGAAGAAAAAGAAAAUAAAAUUUGGUUAAAAUAGUUAUGAAACUUCAAUUAUGAUGAACUAAGUGGCGAAAACAUUGGUCAUAUAUUUUCCUGAAAUAGAGCUUUUUCAUGGUCUUGUAAUGUUAAGAGGGCUACAAACCACUAGUGGCCUGGUAUACUACAGAGAUCCAAUGAAUCUUUUAGGAUCUGCUGGUGUAUGAGUGUCUUUGCAUGCUAUUGCCAUUGCCACCGUACAAUUGCCAGUUAUAUUGCAUGCAAGUAGUAAGUUGGACAUUUUAGAGUGCUGUUGCAUAAUUUAUUAGAAGAGAACAGGUCAUGCCAGAUCUAAAUUGUUCAAGUUUGUUUUGUUUCUGACACUUGCCUACGAGCUUCAUGUAUACGUGCAGUUCUUGAAUCCAUUACUUUAAUCACACUUGGUUUUCUAUUACCUCAUAUUAUGAUGAAUGCAUCAAUGUAUGGGUUUUAAACUGAUGCUGAUGCUACGUGUUUGUCUAAGAUUAUUAGGUAUACUUAGAGAAUAUGAUGCAACGGAUCAAGAUUUGGACUUGUUAUGGGAUUUUAUACAGAUCAGCUGGAACUUUUUCCUAGUUCUGAGUGAUUAGAUUAAGGUCAUGAGCAGAUCUACUAACGCUGCUGAAUCAAGAAGGAAGAAAUAAUUUCUAUUUUUCUAAACGUUAGGUAAUGCAUGAGAAAAGGCUGCAAGCAGUUUUUUUUUGUUUUAAUGCAAAAUGUCAAAUAUGGUUAGAAUAAGUUAAGUAGAGUGGUGAAUCUAGAGAAGAUUUUCCAUCGUCGUAGCCGAAUCACAAUGUAGAAUAAAUUAGGACAUGUACCUGUUGCGUUAAACAUGUCGAGCGGAUCAAGUUUUAUCAA